CUUCUCUAUACUCUUCGUCUGGAUAAAACGAGCUGUGUAUAUAACGCCGCUUCUAGCUCAGCGUCCAAACCACGCCUCCACCCCAUUUUUGCCUCGAGCCAGCUGGAUACAAUGGCUCACGUUUCGCCCGAGGUAGCUCAAGCUAUCUCGCGCCAAAAAUCCCGCUACGGGAGAUAUGCCGACACUAAACAGUGGGACAAGUUUGAGCACGAAAUCGCACUUCCCGACGCACAUUACACCUUCUACGGCACUGACGGCGAACUAUUGACGGUGGGAAACAAAGCCUUGGCCUUUGAAACACCGAAAGCCGUUUCAGCCUACUUCAGCAAGUUCUUUGCCGAACUGGAGACGUUGCACAACAUCGGCCUUGGGGACUUUGAGCAAGUGGCGCCUGACGAAGUCAAGGCCGUGUUCGGGUUCGAAGAUCAACUCUUGUCCAAGUCGCUGGGAGCAUGGGUUGAGAUAAGAGGCGGGGGUUUCUAUUACGAGACCUGGAAGCUGGUUGAUGGACAAUGGUACAUUAGUGAGUUGAAGAUGGAGCGAACGUACCAAAAGGAGACACUUCUGGUAAAGAUUGCGCUGGCUCUUGGAGGUUUGCUUGGUGUAUCGUUCUGGGAUUAGCUAUUUCUUUAUCGACACAUUGUUGGCUUCCAAAUCCUAGUCCAGCGGUGCUUUUGAGCUUAUGCAGACUCUUACAACUACCCAAAUAUUUCGACAAGUACGCAGCAUGCAGGCGGACACAGACGAAAGGGCGGCACGAAGCGAAACUGGCAUGACGUCCCCUGAAUUGCCGUCAUAUAGAUAAGAAGCCACUACUAGAAUAG